CUUACGGCUGAAUAACGAUUUCCUGUGUAGUGCUCUUCCUUGGAUAAGUAUGUAGAGCGACGAGGUAAUAAACUAUUUCAAUAACUAUAGCGGAAUCGGUGAGUUUUUAGGACACGACCUAUCUGUUUCAAACAGUGCUUGCGUAAAGGCACAAUCUAUGGAUAACAUGUUGAUGUUGUUGUUGAUCAAAUCACAUACCGGGAAUAUAAGUCAGCAAGUUAACAAAUGGGGAGAUACUGUGAACAGCAGCACUCCUCAUGAAGAAAGAAUUGCUUGUGUUAGCUGAAUAUAACUUUAGAGAGGUUACAGCUUCCAUAGUCUACAGCAUCUCUGAGCAGUUUGACAUCUGGGCUUCCUAGGGGAGAGGUUUAAUGAUGGAGAAAAUGCAGUCAUGCCAGAGGUUUCAAGGCACUCCAUAUCUCAUGGAUGAAAUUCUGGCAGCAAGAGCAGAAUUGAAGCGGAGAUUAGACCAGUACUCAUCGCGGGCCUUGCUCUCUCUGCAAAGGAAGUGUUAUUUUGCUGUUCACGGUCCACAGAAUCGUAAUCAGCGAACUUCCUUUACAAAUGAAUGUUUCACUACAAUCCAGCUGCAGUCUUCAUAUCCAGACAUACCCGAAAGUCAGCUAAGUCUCACUAGGGAUUCCAGUGAUUCUGCCCAGUCAAGGGAAUCCCCUGCCCACCCAGAUGAUUUAGCUCUCCCAGGUGAGAGCCAGUCAGAGGUGGUGAUAGACCUCACACAGCAGUCGGAUGAAAGUUCAUCACUCUCAAGCCCACAAAGUAACAGUGGGCCUACAAUCUCUGGCUCAAAUAAGAGGAAGUUUGAAGAUGACCAUGAGCCAGUUCAUAAUUCCAUCAAGGAGACUGCAGAAUCUUUGAAGCCACCAAGGAAAAGACUCCACCAAGCCAGCACUUCCCAGGAAGUUGUUGACAUCAGGUCAGAUCUGCUCACACGAUGGAAAUGUGAUUUGUGUAGGAUAAUGACUUCGAAGAAACCGCUAAUGAACAGUCAUCUUGCAAGUAAGGGGCAUUACUCCGCCAGUUUGGUUAGAUGUGAAAGGGUCACACAGGGACUGAUGCCCGUGUUGGUUAUAGCACCUGCUGCUAUGAUACACACGCCAUCCUUUGGUGAGAGCCAGUCAGAGGUAGUGAUAGACCACACACAGCAGCCGGAUGAAAGUUCCUCACUCUCAAGCCUACAAAGUAACAGUGGGCCUCCAAUCUCUGGCUCAGAUAAGAGGAAGUUUGAAGAUGACCAUGAGCCAGUUCAUAAUUCCAUCAAGGAGACUGCAGAAUCUUUGAAGCCACCAAGGAAAAGACUCCACCAAGCCAGCACUUCCCAGGAAGUUGUUGACAUUAGGUCAGAUCUGCUCACACGAUGGAAAUGCGAUUUGUGUAGGAUAAUGACUUCAAAGAAACCGCUAAUGAACAGGCAUCUUGCAAGUAAGGGGCAUUACUCCGCCAGUUUGGUUAGAUGCGAAAGGGUCACACAGGGACUGAUGCCCGUGUUGGUUAUAGCACCUGCUGCUAUGAUACACACGCCAUCCUUUGGUAAGAAUCUCAUCCCGGUUUGUCCUGAUGUAUCGUGUAAUAAAGUCUUUGUUGACAUAUAUACUUGCUCUGAGCAUUAUUCCUGUGCCCACAACAGCCCAACUGGGUCGAUGAGCCGUGGAUCCACCCGGUAUUCCAUAGGGCAUGUCUUACAGGAGGACAAAAUCUUAAUUCACAGUCGCAAGACAUGCACCUGCGGUAAAAAGUUUAAAACAUGCAUGAAAUUGCGGAAUCAUAUUCUGAAAUGCAAAAGCUCAUUUGAGCGUCGUCCUCCUAAAACAUUUAUGGUAUUUUCAUGCUUUCAGUGCAAUGAAUUGUUUCAUGCGUUUCACACUGCCAAGCAACAUGUCUUGAAGUGUUUGCAACAACACAAACCAGAAACUGAUUGUUUUUUGCGAAUUUUACAUGUGAGAAAACCCGACAUGGAGCAAAAGACACUGAUGUUCCACCCAGAAUUGAGCACAUUGAAAGUUGGCCAUGAUAAAACUGAAAAAUGUAAUGUGUUAAAGAGCAAGCGGGGGGUGAAUACUGGCCAAAUUUGACCAGAUUGUUUGGUAGAGGUCUGAUUGUUAGCAUGGAGAACAUUCAUGGUUCACUUGUGGGCGAUAUCUGGCACCAGGUAUUGCUGAAGUAGUUCAUAUUCCUUUGAAAUUUCCAGACUCAGUGGUGGACAACUGCCUCUGUGUGAGCUGUUGUGAGUAUUAGUGAAGGCACAACUCCACUUCAACCAAUGAAAUUGUGAACUCACUUGCAGGGGUAUUUUCCAAGUGUGGAACGUUCGUUUGCUAGCAAGGAUUAAGAUACUUUCACUCAUACCAGACAAGAAGGGCAUAGCAUCAGUAAUGUUGAAUGGUCUGUCAUUGUGGGAAAGUAAGCUGCGUGUAUAUGACACGUUUGUUCAGUCAAACUUCAAAACAUUACCUUUGUGAACCUGAGGAUAGUCGUGGGUUUCCUCUUACCAUAUUGCUACCUUCAUCGUGUAAGGGAAAUAUUCUUGAGUACGGUAUAAACACCAUUCAAGCAAAUAUGUAAAUAAAUUACCUUUAUGGUUUUGAUUUUCUUCUUUUUUCUUUACAACAGUUUAGUUUGUUUCUGGGUGCUCAGAUGUCUACAGGCAGUAAUAACAUUAACCCAGUUACAAGUUGAUUAUUGUGAAAUAUGGGUCCAAAGUCAGGUGGAGGCACACAUUAUCAGUUGACAUUGCAUUCUGGGUAGUGCACAACAGCUUUUGAAAAUCAUCCCUUGGAGGAAGGUUCCUAACCGCCAGGUUUGUGCUGUACAAACACUAUUCAUUGAUGAUUUGAAGUUUGAUGAUCAUAAAAUAAUUAUGUUGGAAUAGUUAUAAAAUGCAGCUGCAAGAUGGAGCUUUUACAUGACCUAAGUUAUAGGCCUUUUUGCAUAUUAAAAGAUAGAAAAUUGAACAAUUAUAACUUUUUCCAGUUGUUCCCAAGAUAAAAUCAUUUGCUUGGAUAUUGCAAGGUAAAAUCUCCAAUCUCCAAAAGUAGUUUCAUUACUGUUGCUUAUUUCUUAUUUGGUGCAUUUGAUUUUUUUUUUGUACAUGAUUUAUUGUUAGUUAAACUUGUUUGCAUAUGUUUGUAAUUGUUGAAAAUGUCAUGUUUGUAGAAAUGUAACCUUGUUAAUGUUAUUGGGAUGCAUUUAUGUGAUAGGUAAUGCUUGACAUCCGGCCGCACUGCUCAUGUGGCCUUGUGACCUUCAAAAGAACUCAUGCUGUUUACCUGAGAGUGUUUUGCAUCUUAAACUUUGUUCUCCAAAAUGAAAAUAGUCAUAGUAUAAGUAUUCUGUUACUUGUUAAAACUGUC